AAGUCUUUUUAGAUUUUGUCAGUAACAUGUUGUUUUGUGAUUUAAGGUUGACCUAGAGAACAUUGCUGAACCAGAGAGUGUUGUUAUACAGGACAACUCGGAGAGUCAACUAGAUUCAGAAGGCAGCGUCAUACAACAGGAGAACAGGAUGGUGAGCCAUGUUCAGUCUGUGGACCAUGCCUUACAGGAAUUCAGGGCUUUACGGCAACAACAAGAUAUGGAAUAUGCUCUCUCCCUAAGCGCUGAUCAAGAAAAAGAUCAGAGGAAACAACAACUGGAGGAGAAUGAGCAGAAUCGUUUAAAGAUAAUCAAUGAAAGGAAAAGCAGAGUCACAGAAGAACCUGCUGAUGGCGUGCCACUAAAAUUCCAUUACCCUGAUAACACAACAAAUAUCAGAAGGUUCCGUCCAUCUGAUCCAAUGCAGGUCCUCUUUGAUUUUGUCGGGGCACAUACAUCUGCAACAGAGGUUUUCUUUCUCAGAGAAAUGACAUCAGCCCUGUCUGUUAUGAAUACUGCCUCUGGAACCCUACUUGACUUCAAUAUAACCUCUCCAUGUAACUUCCACAUUCGAUGGUUGUUCCCUGAGGAUAUGCAGACUGUUCCUGAAACAGCAUCUGUGUCGUCACUUCUCCCUUCUCCUCCUGUGUCGUCACCUCUCUUUUAUCCUGUGCCGUCACCUCUCCCUUCUCCUGUGCCAUCACCUGUCCCUUCUCCUGUGCCGUCACCUCUCCCUUCUCCUGUGCCAUCACCUGUCCCUUCUCCUGUGCCGUCACCUCUCCCUUCUCCUGUGCCAUCACCUCUCCCUUCUCCUGUGCCAUCACCUCUCCCUUCUCCUGUGCCAUCACCUCUCCCUUCUACAGUGGAGAAUGAAUCUGAGGAUAUUGUUGACCUCAAAUCAUUACUGUAUAAAAUGCAGAAGAAAGUGGAUUUAUUCCAGACUACACCAUAUAAUCAAGUUAAUGUCACCCGAAGCAACAUUCUGGAAGGUGCUCUUCGAGCUUUUCGUCGACAGCGCUUCGACCCAGAGAAAAAAAUAGAUGUUGCUUUUGUAGAUGCUGAUGGUAUCGGAGAGGGGGCAGCUGAUGAAGGUGGUCCCACAAGAGAAUUUUUAACCUUAUUGAUGAGGGAGAUACAUUCUUGUGAGAUUUUUGAUGGACCUGACUGGCGGAAGACUCUGUCUUGUAAUUCUAAAGCUUUGUACAACGGUAUGUACAAACAUGUAGGACAAAUGAUUGCUGUCUGCCUUGUCCAUGGUGGUGUUGAGCCACACUUCUUCUCUGAACGAUUAUUCUGUCAAGUCUGCAACCUUAAGCCACCUGCACCAGGGAUUGAAGAGAUUGCAGACUAUGAAUUCAGAGAGAAGAUGAAGAAAAUCCAAUCAGCACAGAAUGUUCCUGAUGCACAGAAGGCCAUUAUGACAGCUUCUGAGGAGCUCUCAAUGUUGGGGUCUCUGCGACAUAUACAAGCCUUGGAGGACAGAGAUGACUUGGUACACGCAGCAAUGAACUUCUUGCUUGAGAGCAGGUUGAGAGAUUCUUUGGAACAAUUUCAAGAAGGCCUGCGGUGUUUGGGGCUAAUUCAAGAUUUACAGAAGAAUCCCAGUCUCUUUAGAGGGGUACUGAUGUUUGAGGAGAAGCCCCUAACUGCAAAAGAUUUGGCUGAUCUGUUCGUACCUCAGCUGUCUCCGCUAGGAACCAAUAAAAGAGUACUGGAGAGUAAAAUUAUCUGCUACUGGAGGGACUGGCUCCUGGAUGUCGAAGAGGGAGCUUCAUCACCUCUUUCCCUGAAGAACAUUUUGGCAUUUGCGUCAGGAUCGACAGAAAUCCCUAGAUUGGGUUUUCCUGUAGAUCCAACUUUGGAAUUUCUACAUCAACAGGAAACUGAGACUCCAAAGAUUUUUCCCGAAGCCAACACAUGUAGUAUUUGUUUGAGGCUUCCUAUACAUAAUAAUUACGAAGCAUUUGUAGAAUUCAUGAGGAGUGGCAUUUUGCAAGCACCUACAUUCGGUGUGAUUUAAUUGAAUUUUUUAUUGUAAUGCCCAUUUGUUGUGGCUGUUACUGUUCUCUAAAGUCACGUGUCAUUAAAUAGUCAUUGAUUUAUUCAAUGUUUUUGACUUCUAAUAAAAGACAUGCAAAAGAGUUAAAGUGAAAAAUAUGAAAAUUUUGCAAGCCCCCCUGCAUUUGGCAUGAUAUAACUUUUUUUUUGUAAUGCAUUUUUUGUAAUGCCUUUUUUGUGUCUGUUACGGUUCUCUAAAGUAAUGUCAUUCAUUAAAUAGUCAUUGAUUUAUUCAAUGUCUUUGACUACUAAUUAAAGACAUGCAAAAGAGUGUGUGUGUUUUUUUUUUUUGCAUAGUUGUCAGGGCUACAGUUUUUCCAAAAUGUCUUAGGGCGUAACCAUAUAAUUUAUAUAAAUGUUGAACACAAUCACAAGUUAUUCUAAGUACAUUUGCUAUGUAAGAUUGGCAUUUCAUUACAAUAAAGUAAAAAAAAUUGCUAUAAAUGAACAAACAUAACAUUAAUUAAAUUGUAAACCACAUGAACUGCACUUAUACAGCAUUUAUUGAUCUUUGUUAACAUUAAUUUCAACAAUUACUAAUUAAUGAUGUUGCAUUCUUUUUUUGGAAGUUUCAUUUAUGUCGGGGGAGGAAUUUUUUGUCAUAUUUGAAAUUAUGUGAGCGGUAUUAUUUUUCUUGGCAUUUAUUUUAAAUAUAUAAAUAGCCUCACGUGACUAUCAGCUUUUGUGGUCGUGCCCUUACAUCAGAAUAGGUGUCUUAUGCAUACAUUCAGCUGCUGGUCAAGUGGGUAGUGCUGUGCGCAGUGGACAGGGCAGACUUUGGACCUUAGUUCGAAUACUGGCUUGGCAUAUUUCAGUAUUAUACAUGACAAGACAUUGUAAAAUUCGUAGCCUUUUAUGCUAAGUCUUAUGCUUACAUGUAAUUUUUGGCUGAUAUGCGUUUAUAUUCUUUUUGUCCAUGGGAUUGCAUCUGCAUGAAAAUAAAUAUGAUGAAUAAUAACGUUCAGUUCCGUUUAUUUACUGACAUGAUGAACAAUUAAAUGUACGCAUUUGCUAGAGUAGCAAUUUCCAACAACUCUUUUCUUUAAAAUAAAUCCUCAUAGUUGCUGUACACUUGCAGCAACACUUUCAGUUUUAGUAGGAUUUAGACCUCUUUUUUCACCUGCUGUUGCCAUGGUGAAUCAUAAUAUCGGAGCUCCAAUGAUAAUGAAUUUCAUAGUAUUUGUGCACGCGCAUAACUCGGAGUUAUCUUUUCAGCUGUUCUGCAACCAAAAACUCAGAGUUUCCCAUCUCAGCGUAAGUCAACUCUGAAUUAAAACUUGAACUCUGAGUUGGUUAAACCUUAUGGGCCCCAGGAGAGUUAUGAUGACUAUUACAAACUACGUUUAAUAAGCUACGUUUUUACAAGUAUCUGGCUAUGUUGACAAGAAGCAAUGCCAUAAAUUAAAACAAUGCCAAAGGUAAGAGAAGAAACAUAUGUAAGAGGGUAAUACAUGAAAUCCUAAGAAAUAAUCAGACAUAGUCAUAGAAGUAACAACAAAUAAAUGUGUGACUUAAAACCAUACAUACGAUCAAAACAACAACACCGUGAAGUCAAAUAUUUUUAAAAUAAGCUUUAAUAUGCUUUAAUAGUACACAAUAUUACAGAAAAGUAAAGCGCAGACGUCACGCUGGGCAGGCGCAGACGUCACGUUGGACAGGCGUUCCAUUGAAGCGCAGACGUCGCGUUCGGCAGACGCAGACGUCGCGUUCGGCAGACGCAGACGUCGCGUUCAGUGACACGAGUGUGUGUUGCAGAGUAAUAAUUUAGA